AGAUCGGGUCCAUUAUUACGAACUGCGGGGACUGCGCGGGCGCAUUGCAGACGGGGACUCUGUCUGGUGUAACUGUCUCGGAAAAGUAUUAAAGUGGUGUGACAAAAAUAUCGAGACUGAACAUCGUAGUGAAAUAAAGUUGGUAAAUGACGAGCAAGAUGUGGCGGCUGUUAACUUUGAUGGUGACGCUCUUUCUUGCCUCUGUGGCGAUAAAAGUUCCAGUGGAUAAUAUUGAAACACAUUCAGGCAAUACAAAUAGUACACAAGACGAGCCAGUUUACUACGCGUCCGAGGACUCCAACAUCGACAGCUAUCUGAUCCCGCCAGACCCACACAAACCUGAGGAUGUGGAACGUGACAUAGUGACUCCAGCUACUUAUCUCCUACCUCCUUCACUUGACAAGCAAACGAACUACUAUUACACUCCUACAGAAACUGGAGACGAAGGAGAAAGCGAUUGGCUCCCGAUAUCUGCACAGCCGCAACCUGUCCCCAUAGGAAAGCAGAAACAUAGAAUUGGCAAGUUGCUUAAUCGAGGUAAAAUAGCUGUGCCGAUUCCGUCCGACCAUCUCGAGCCACCGAACUUGGACGCUCCUAGCGAUUAUGUUGUGCCAGCCCUAUCAAAAGAAUUGGAGCUACCCUUAGAAAAUCAAAGAGAACAGUUUAUUCCAGAGGCAGAUUAUUCUCAAAUUUUGAACGCAAACCAGAAAUAUAGACCCACUUUAACGAAAGACGUGCCAAUUUUGAUAAGAAUACCGAAUGAACAAAUUAUUUCACCUCAUCUCUUGCCACCACGGCUGGCACCAGCAAAAUUCAAAAACCCCACUAAAUUGUAUCCGAAGAAAUUUCCAGUACCGUUCAGGCCAGUUCCUAUCCCAAUAGAACAAUUUGCAGAAGAAGGUUUGCCUCAGGUUCCCAGGGCGAAGCCUGUGAAACCCUUCCAGCCAAUCCCCAUUGACGAAAUCAACUACUUGACACCUUCCGAAGAAAAACAGCGAUAUCUUUACGAACAAGCUGAGCUUAAACGACAAUUAAAGGAAGAGGAAGCCGCCAAGCAACAUAGUUCCGCGGUGGAGCCACAUGGCAGCAGCGACGCGCCGGAACAAGAAACUUCAGCCACCCUGCACAGAUACCCCGCCAGUAGGCCAGCCCCGCUUAGGCAACAGGCGUCUGCUCCGUCGAACCAGAACGAGAGUGGCGCUCCACCCCCUUCAGACGACCGCACGGAGUUCCGCAUGCACGGCAUGAAGGGACCUCACAGCUACCAGUUUGGUUACGACACUGGCAAAGGUAAAAACCGUCAGUUUCGCUACGAGGAGCGAGACAAUGACGGCUCAGUCAGAGGACACUACGGCUACAUGGACAAGCACGGGAAACUCCGUGUUGUUAACUAUAGGGCGCAUCCUGAACUCGGCUUCCAGGCUGAUGCGCCCAUAGAGAAGGAGUAAUGGAUAGCGAACUAGAUAUAUAUAUCGAGCUGGACUAACUUUGUAUAUAUUACCUAUAAAGGUUUUGUAAAUAACAAAUAUACGAGUAAGGGGUUCCAUAUGUUGUUGGCAUGUCUUUCAAAAGUCUUAAAUUAUGUAGGACCCAAUGUCAUUAACUUAUAUUUACGUCGUGCUUAAAUGCCUCGACCUGACUUUAGUUUGAUAAUAAUAGUAUUCGAAUAGAUAUUUAAGUCAUAUAGUCGAUAUCUUAACAUACAAUGGGUGUGUGUACGGUAUAAAUGCGACAAUAAGUUUUUGUAGUAGAAAAACUACGAUGAGGAAAAUUAAAAAAGACAAUUGUAAAAAUUAUAUGCAUGCUCAGUGUUAGGAUGAAACACUUCCACUUUUUUCGUAUGUUUGUAACAAUAAAUAUGAAACUAGGUAAGUAUAUUGUACAAAUUGUACAUAUCUAUAAGUAGAUAAGUGUCAUACUAAUGUUGAUAAGAUGUUUUGUUAUUUAUGUUUUUUUUUUUUGUAACGAAACAAAAAAUAAAGUAUAAAAAUGCA